AUGGCCACAAAUCGACCUACGACGCGACGAAGAAGUGUAAAACAAGCGUUCGACGACGACGAGGCCCCCGCGCCGAAGCGCUCAAAGACGGAAGUAAACGGGGCGAGCAAAAGGGCGAAUGGCGCAGGGGCUACCAGACCAGCGAAGAAGGCUGCGAAGGCAGCAUAUGACGAGGACGACGAUGGCUUCCAGUUCUCGCGUCGCACAUCUCGGAGGGUUACGAAAGCGCCGGUAUCAGAGCCAAUACCGGAGCACGACGUAGCGAAACCCGCGCGGACUGUAGACGCGCAACCUGCCAAAUCUACCUCGCGGCGGAAGAAGACGUCCAUUGCAACAAUUGACGAAGAGUCCUCAGACUCGCAGAAGCGGCGGCGGUCAACACGUUUAUCCGGCGACAAGAAGCAAUUGGAUGCACGACCGCAACCCACAGAGCCUGUCGCAGCGAAGCGCACGAAGAAAAGCGUGUCGGCCGAGAAGGAAAGGAAGAAGCAGAUCACCCCAGCUCCGGAAGCGCAGUCAGACGCGAAAGGCACCUUCAAAGGCGUGCAGACCCCGACACAAAAUGAGCUGCAGGUUGUGAAGACGCGCGACCCGAACGCGCAGAGGAUCAUGCUGCCUUUUGCGGACACGCCAGUCAUUACGCGGAAUAAAGAAAUGCGGAAGGGCAGCAAAGAUGGGCAUCGGAGAAGCAGCACAGGCUUGCGAGGCAGAAGAGCGAGUUCGCUGAUUGAUAGCGGCAUGUCGAAUGCCCUACCACAUACCGAAAUCGAAGCCCGCGAUUUUUACAAAUACAUCGAGCAAAGUCUCCCCGAACCGCGGCGGAUGAAGCAGCUUCUCACAUGGUGCGGAACACGAGCGCUACCAGCAAAACCAUCGGGAGAUGUUAAGAACGCGAAUGCGAUUAUGGCGGCGCGAGCAAUACAGCAGGAGCUCAUUGACGAUUUUGCAAGCAAACCAGAGCUUUCGGAUUGGUUCAGUCGGGAAGAAACAGUGCGGCCACCUGUGGUCAAGAAACCGAAUCCACAGAACGAGAAGAAUCAAGCUACGCUACAGGAACUGGAGGAUGAAGUCAAACGCCUCGAAGACGAGAUGGCAGCCUGGGAAGCCCUCGCAUCGACACCAACGUCCAUGGCUCCACCACCCGCGCCCUCAAUACCUACACAAACACCCACACUAACCGACAUCGACGCCUCCCUCCUCGACCCUGCACAAGCCGCCAUACUCUCCUCGCUCCAAUUACCACCACCACCCCAACAACCACAACCGCACACAGCAUCAGAUCCCCAACCACCACUACCACAAACAUCCUUUACUUUUACCUUCACAUCGCCCGCCGCCCUCCAAACGCACCUUACCCACCUCGCCUCCUCGCUCGAGCCCAACAUCGAUCUCUUCGCCGACGGCGUGCACAAGAUUGAACAGUACCAACGCACAGCAGAGCGCGUCGCAGAUCGCAUCCUGGGUUCUGCGGCGCGCACGCUGGACGAGCGGGAGAAGGAGACGAGGGAGAGAGUAGGGGCCGAGGGAAUUGGCGUGGGCGAUGUACUGAGGGGGUUAGCGGGUGUUUUGGCGGAUCGGUGA